AUGAUGCCCGUCGAAGGGCGCAGCAAAGAGAUCCUGAUCGUCGCCGUCGUGUGCAUGUCCGUGUCGUUCAUCACCGUGUGCCUGCGCUCGUACGUGCGACUGCGACUGAUCAAGGCGUUCGGAUGGGACGACGGGUUGAUGGUGAUUGCUACGUUAUUGAACAUAUUCCUGACGGUCUGCGCCAUCGUCGGCGCCAAGGAAGGCAUCGGUCGCAAAUUGACCGACUUCCGGAGUAUGGACGACCUGCACCGCGCCAUGCUUUGGUGGUGGCUCGGCCAACUCAUCUACAUGUGGGCCUCAGGCGUGGCCAAGGUGUCGAUCGCGCUCGCCCUGCUCCGCCUGACGGUGCGCCAAUCCCACCGGAUCAUCCUGUGGACGGCCAUCUGCGCCUCGGUGACGGUGGGGCUGGUCUUCUGGUUCUUCAUGGUGCUGCAAUGCCACCCGGUCUCGGAGUUCUGGGAGCGCACCGGCCGGGGCCAGUGUCUGGACACCUCGGUGCUGCUGGCCGUCGCCUACGUGUACAGCAGUAUCUGCGCGGCGUGCGACCUGGCGUUGGGCCUGCUGCCGAUACUGCUGGUGCGCAAGCUGCAGAUCAACCCGCGGACGAAGAUCGCGCUGGGCGCGACGUUGAGUAUGGGUUGCGUUGCAUGUCUGGCUCUAAUCAUCCGCAUCCCCUUCCUACCAAGUUACAAGGACCUGGACUUUCUAUACUCGACCUACCAAAUCGACCUCUGGUCCUUCCUGGAACUCGGCCUAGGCAUCACGGCCGGCAGCCUGGUGACUCUGCGGCCCCUGCUCCGCAAGUUCCUGGACCACGGGGCCUCGUCCACCCCCAAAGCUCCCUACGCCUACACGUACACCACCCGCAGCGGCGGCACCGGCCGCAAGCCCCGUUCCCGGUCCCGCGGCAGCUUCCCGUUCUCGAGCUUCUCGCGCUCCCGCACGGAGAAGGACCAAGAUCUCGAGGUCGAGUUGGUGGAUGCGGCGUGGCGGCCGGAUGUGCACGGGGUGGAGCGGUCGGCGACGGCGAUGGCGAUGGCGACUGUCGUCGGUGGUGGUGGUGGUGGUGGUGGUGGGGUUGGUGAUCUGGGAGCUGGGAGGGGCAGGGAGAGAGGGAAGAGUGAUAGUCAGGAGAGUCUGACGGGGAUGGGGUUCCAGUAUGAGAAUACGGUGGGGGGCGCGGUGGGCGGGGGCCAGUGGGGCACGGAUGUGGUGGGCAGCGAGAGGAUGGUCAGGGUGCAGAAGUCGUUCUAUGUCACGGAGACGGAGCGGAGGGUUUGA